CUCGUGCGUCUCUCCUCCUCCUCCCCCGCGUCGCGUGCGCGCUCUGCUUCCCUUGCCGCCGUGCGCUGCGAGGGUCGACUGUCGAGCGCGCGCUGCUUGCUGCUCGCCUGGCCGUCGAUGAGCAUGGGGCGCUUCGUCAACUCCAUGGAUCCGACGUCGGGGCUGGAGGUGAUCAGGGACUGGAACGGCGUCGCCCAGGUCGUGCUCCGCUCGCCCAAGGGAGCCUCCGCGCGGGUGAGCCUGUGCGGUGGGCAGGUCGUCUCAUGGAGGAACGACCGCGGCGAGGAGCUCCUCUUCACCAGCAGCAAAGCAACCUUCAAGCCGCCAAAUGCCAUGCGAGGUGGAAUUCAGAUGUGUUUCCCUCAGUUUGGAUACUCUGGGACAUUGGAGCGACAUGGAUUUGCAAGAAACAGGAUAUGGUCCCUGGAUGAUGAGCAGCCACCACUGAAUCAUAAUGAUAACGGAAGCAAAGUUUCUGUUGACCUUAUUCUAAAGCCAUCUGAAGAUGACCUCAAGUGCUGGCCACAUUGUUUUGAGUUCCGUCUGAGGGCCUCUCUUUCAAAGGAUGGGGACUUGUCAUUGAUAUCACGCAUCAGGAAUGUCAAUGGCAAGCCAUUCAGUUUCUCAUUUGCUUAUCACACAUAUCUUUCUGUUUCUGACAUCAGUGAGGUCAGGAUUGAAGGUCUGGAGACACUUGAUUAUCUUGACAACCUUAGCCACAAAGAACGGUUUACGGAACAAGGAGAUGCCAUAACAUUUGAGUCAGAGGUCGACCGAGUCUACGUUAGCUCCCCAAAUGUAGUAGCAGUUAUUGACCAUGAGAAGAAACACUCGUUUGUCAUAAGAAAGGAAGGACUUCCUGACGUUGUUGUGUGGAAUCCAUGGGAAAAGAAAUCGAAGACCAUGGUAGACCUCGGCGACGAGGAGUACAAGCAGAUGCUUUGCGUUGAUGCGGCUGCUGUGGAGAGAGCAAUCUCGCUGAGACCAGGGGAGGAGUGGACUGGGAAGCUGGAGCUUUCUGCGGUUUUAUCCACUAACUGCAGCGACCAUCUUGAUCAUCCUGUCAGCAUCUAGCGUUUAUUCCCAUUGUAGUGCUAUAUAUUUGCCUCACAAGAGAAGUAUGGGCCCCUUUUGUAAAUGAGAUCAAUAGGUAGCUCUGUUAUCAGUUAGCAGCUCGACUUGAUCCUGGAACCGGCACAAUUUGUGACCUGUUUUUUUAAUGUGAGUAUUGAAUGAUAGCAGCGCCUUGCUUCAUGCAU